AGAGAGAGAGAGAGCAAGGGAGAGAGAGCCCUUCCAGCGUUCCGCCACCAUUAUUCAAAAAGUCAAAUCUUACUCCAGCGCAACCUGCCACGACGCCCCUCCACUGACCAGAGGGGGGGUUGUGGGCGUUCUUUUUAUUUUUAUUUUUUUCAAAAAAAAAUAUUAUUUAAGAAUCAGGAGGAACAAACUCUGGCUUUGACGAACUCGGAUAACUCGGCCGCGUUGUUUUGUCCCUGUUUUUGUUUUGUUUUUUAACGUGCAAAUUUUCUUGAAGCUUUAAGACCCGGGAACUCCAGUCUUCCUUCCAAGGACUUCUCCGUCCGCCAGGCUCCUGAAGAAAACCCAGAAGGCGGGAGAGGAGGAUCCGGUCCCCUCUUCCCAUCCCCACCCCGGAAUUUUGGCCAUCUUUCCUCCACCCCGCCCCAACUUUAGCAUGAUGUCUUAUCUUAAGCAACCACCUUACGCAGUCAACGGGCUGAGUCUCACCACCUCCGGGAUGGAUCUUUUGCAUCCGUCUGUCGGGUACCCAGCCACCCCUCGGAAGCAGCGGAGGGAGCGCACCACUUUCACCCGGGCGCAGCUGGACGUCCUGGAGGCGCUGUUUGCCAAGACCCGCUACCCGGACAUCUUCAUGCGAGAGGAGGUUGCGCUCAAAAUCAAUCUCCCCGAGUCCAGAGUCCAGGUGUGGUUCAAAAACCGGAGGGCCAAGUGCCGCCAACAGCAGCAGCAGCAGCAGAAUGGGGGCCAGAACAAAGUGAGGCCGGCGAAGAAGAAAAGUUCUCCAGCCCGAGAAGUGAGUUCAGAGAGCGGGACCAGUGGGCAGUUCACGCCUCCAACCAGCACCUCUGUCCCUGCCAUCUCCAGCAGCAGUGCCCCAGUGUCCAUCUGGAGCCCUGCUUCCAUCUCCCCACUCUCUGACCCCCUGUCCACCUCUUCUUCAUGCAUGCAGAGGUCUUAUCCUAUGACCUACACUCAGGCUUCUGGCUACAGCCAAGGGUAUGCUGGCUCAACCUCCUAUUUUGGAGGGAUGGACUGUGGAUCUUACCUGACCCCAAUGCACCACCAGCUCCCUGGACCAGGGGCUGCCCUUAGCCCCAUGGGCACCAAUGCUGUUGCCAGCCAUCUCAACCAGUCUCCGGCUUCACUCUCCACCCAGGGCUAUGGGGCUUCAAGUUUGGGGUUUAACUCGACUACCGAUUGCUUGGAUUAUAAGGACCAAACAGCCUCCUGGAAGCUAAACUUCAAUGCUGACUGCUUGGAUUAUAAAGACCAGACAUCCUCCUGGAAGUUCCAGGUUUUGUGAAGACCCGUUAGGAACCCUUUGUGCUUGUGAUGAUGAUGACGACUG